GGUCCUCCAAGCCUGACGACUCCACAGGACUCAGGAUCCCCCUGCUACUGGUCCUCCAAGCCUGACGACUCCACAGGACUCAGGAUCCCCCUGCUACUGGUCCUCCAAGCCUGACGACUCCACAGGACUCAGGAUCCCCCUGCUACUGGUCCUCCAAGCCUGACGACUCCACAGGACUCAGGAUCCCCCUGCUACUGGUCCUCCAAGCCUGACGACUCCACAGGACUCAGGAGCCCCCUGCUACUGGUCCUCCAGGCCUGACGACUCCACAGGACUCAGAAGAAGCUAGAGCUUGACCCCAUUGGAGUGCCACUAUGGGGAAUGUGAUGAGGGGUGGGGAAAAUAGCAACGAAAGAAAUACAAACUGCCAUGACAGCGCACUAAAGGGAGAAGACGACACACUUGUUGUUCUCCAUGACUAUCCUUUUCCAGACAUCAGUGAGCCGAUCUUCAGGAUGGGAGAGAAGCUGAGGGUCUUGUCUCAGGAAGGUAACUGGUGGAGAGUCCGGUCUGGCCAAUCAGGAAGGGAGAACUACAUCCCUAAUAACUAUGUUGCCAAAGUCUACCAUGGAUGGUUGUUUGAGGGAGUGGCGAGGCAGAAGGCGGAGGAACUACUUCGCCUCCCUGUAAACAGAGUGGGAUCCUUCAUGAUCAGAGAGAGCACACAGCAGAGAGGUGUCUACUCCAUGUCUGUAAAGCACAGAUCCAUCAAGCACUAUAAAAUCUAUCGCUUGGAGAACAACGGCUGGUACUAUAUCUCUCCUCGCCUGACCUUCCAGUGCCUGGAAGAGAUGGUCAACCACUACUGUGACUCUGCAGAUGGGCUGUGCUGUGUUCUCACUGGCCCGUGUCUGUGUGGGACCGCCAACCUCCUCGACACCACCACUCAGCCACCCCCUGUAGUGAUGCGCCGCAAUAACUUCGACUGGAAGAAAGUAGACAGGAAAGAUCUGAUCAGUGCAGGGGCUCCCCAGGGGCAGCAGAACAGGGACACCAUGGUGAGCUAUGGAGUCAGGAACAGCAUCGCCUCUUACCUCUCUCUUGCCGGGGCUCAGGGCCCUAGACAGCAGCAGAAGAACCACAAGAAGAAUAAAUCUGUCUACGUCACCUCCCACAGUCUCAGCCAUAUGGACCUGGAGGAGGACUAUGAUACGUAGUGGCCUGCAUAGGCCAGUGGUUCUCAAACCUCUCUUUGGGGACCCCCAGACGUCCAUGUAUUUGAUCUAUUCCAGAGCUAGCACACUUGAUUCAACUUGUCAACUAAUCAACAUGUACUUGACUAGGUGAAUCACGUCAGCUAGUAAGGGCUAUAACAAAAUUGUGAAACGUCUAGGGGUCCCCGAGGAGAGGUUUGAGAAGAACUGGCCUAGGCUACCAGAUUCGGCAUGGGUUCGAAUCCAACCCACUGCCUUGCUAUCUUUGUUGUCGCAUCUUCACUGUCCUAUCUCAAUAACAGAAAUGAAGCCCACAGAAAAUACGUUUUAAAAAAGACUAUGAGACUAAGAGGAGCAACGGCUCAAGGAUCCAGACUUUGACACAGAAAUUAGCACUUUGAACCAGGGAACUGGAUAAACUAACAUUUUUUCUUCUGAUCUCGACACCCAGAACCAAAUCUUGCCCGGUGGCCAGAGUCCCUAUUUAAAUGUUAACCUCUGUUACGAGAUAUUUUCCUCCAAUACACACACUGCUCCUUAUCUGAGCCUUUGGGAUUGAACUGAUAAGGAAUUGGAAGCUCAGUGGGAUAAAUCAACAUUGAAGUUGAAGUCCGUCCAGAGUCCAGAGCACUGACCGAGUGUCCUGCAAAAAUUCAACACAUGUUAGCAUCAUGACAGUCGAUAAAAUAGUUGAAUGCUGUGUUGUGGGUGUUUGUGUGAAUGUGUAAUAUUAUGAGGAAAGAAACAUGGAAGGAAAGGGGAAUACCUAGACAGCUGCACAACUGAAUGUGUCUUCCACAUUUAACCCAACCCCUCUGAAUCAGAAAGGUGCGGGGGGCUGACUUAAUCGACGCCCGGGGAGCAAUUGUUGUUAUUGUGGAUGUGUGUGAAUGUCAAUGGUUACCAGCUUCAGAAGAUUUAGCCUGACCCCUUGCAAAGUGAUUUCUGUUGAGUACAUGUUCAUAUAAAUAAAAGUAAGGUAUUGUAUAAUCUCGGCAAACCAGAACCAAAUAUUGUGUGUGAUCUGGCCAGCUCUUCUGUCACGACUCACGAGAGACUAGUGAGUACAUACUGUUUCAAAAAGUUCCUGGAAGGGCUAUGGAGAGUUACGUCCAAAGAGCUAGAACUGCAUGCAGAUGAUAAAACAUCACAAAGAUGACUGCCCAGAACAAGUUGUCCUCUUGAAAGUAACCCAGGGCUUCAAGCCUGCACCAAAUUGAAUAGGAAUCAACAUAGCAUUCCCGAAUCCAAGCAAACAUCCAAGAAAACAGCACAGUGAAAAGGUUCUGAUGUGUGUAUUGUCUAAGUGUGUUGUUGUUGUGGCUGAUUGUCUCGCCAAGGCCUCAUGGCGGCCAUAUGUGAUGCUGAUUAGUUCAUUGUUACUGUGAAAGCUGGUGUCUUAUCUUAGGAUGUGAACUAAUCAACUCUGUCUGAUGCAAUGAUAAUGCAAUAGAUCAAUUCCAAUUGUGUUGUGGGGAAGUAAAGCAACAAUGUACCAUAA